AUGGCACCAACGAAAUCACUUGAAAACUCGUUGUUUCAUACCAUUAUUCUUGAAGCAGGAUUGAAGUUGGAAGGUUCUGCGGGAGUUCAUGAGCUGGUGGUUGAACCUUCAACGUUUCAUCUUAAUCUUAUACAAAAAUUGAAAAAUCACCCGCAAUAUCCGGAUCCCGCGAUUGGAACAUUUUUGGACGAGUUACAAGAAUAUCUUGACACAGGUUCAGAAAAAUUUAAAGCAUGCCUGCAACCGCCCUCCGUGAAAGGAAAGUCUAUUUAUGGUUCUACGGCAGAUAGUCUCAUCCGUGUUCUAUUGAGCAUUGAUUUUUUUCAAGCGAAUCUAAUCGACCAAUUACUAGAAAGGUUACCGACAUUCAUAUCGGACACCGAUAAUGAUAUAAUCGAAUCACCCAUUCCACGAUUGAUACUUCAACAAUUGAAAUGGUUAGAUAACAUUGUAGACUCAAGGAGACUAACAGAAAAGAUAUUGGAGAUGAUUCCAAUUACACCAUUAGGCAUUCAAAGGGAGAUUAUAACUAGUCUUCCAGAUAUCAUCCUUGACUCAGAACAGAAGACCGUUAUCAAGGAAUUGACGGAGCUGAUAGAUCAGAAUCACCGACUCAUUGUUCCAAUUCUUGAUGCGCUUCCACAUUUUACGUUACAUGAGGAUUUGAUGACUAAUGUUAAGUCAACAGUAUAUGGACGACUUGAAUCGGCUGACUUGGAUGAUCUUGCAAUAAUUGUCAAGUUCUUAUUGCACACGGCUUCUCCCAUUGACGCAGAAAUGGUGAUACGGCAAAUUAGAGAUAAAGUUGAUUUUCAUUCAAUUGGAAAACUUCAAAGUGAACAAAGCACUUCAAAACGCCGCCAAAAAAGGAGAAAAGAAUUGAUGCCAGAAGCACUAAUACUAGAUUCCAUAAAAAAGGGAUUGAAUAUUCACAAAUUUGUCAUGAACGCGUGGCUUAAGGAAAUAAGUGACAUUGAAACCGAGAGAAAUCAUAAAAUCAUAGAUAUCUUGAUAUUGUUUCUUCUGCAUUCAAUGCCAAGCAUUAAGAAAAAAGUUGAAGCAAUUUUUUGCAAAAAGAUUUCGAGUGGACUUUUUUCAAAGAAUUUAUUAGAAACAACGAUAACUUUUCACUUUGAAGGCUUGAGGGAUUAUUUUAACGACAUACUCACGCUCUCGGAAAGUCUCCUUCGUUCAAGUCAACAGCAAAACACUGUUGCGCGUGCAGCAUGUACAUUAUACCGAAGCGCAUUUAUGGUAUUCGAACCACAUCAGCAACAGGAAGUUAUUGCAUCCCUAGUAUCUCACAUAGGAAGUGGUUCACCUACCGAAAUUGAAUCAACUCUUUCGGUGUUGUCGCACCUUGUAGAUAAGGAUAUCAAGAGAUUGAGUCGAUUUUCCAUCUUUGUAAAAGGUCUUCUGGAUUAUUUGGAAAAUCUCAAUUUAGAUCAGAUACGAAUCCUUUUUGACGUAAUCGGAAAAUUGGCCUACGAGGAUGCAAAUUAUGAUAGUAAUACUGGUGGACUACUUGCUGAGUUCUCAAUUGUUAUUCAAAAACAAUUAUCAAACCCCAAUGAGAAAUAUAAGCAAAUUGGUGUUAUCGGAGCUCUUGCUUUGGUGCGAAUCUUGGGCUCAAAGUCGACUGCAAAUAUUUCAGAAGGCUCCGCUAACAAGAUCUCGGAAAAAUUUCUGGAUAUUGCAAAAGAAAAUAUCACAAAGAUUGAGCGUCAUUGUGCGCGAUCAAUGUCGUGCCUCGCUUUUGCAUACGACGAACUUUCGUGUUAUAUUUCCUCCGGAAUUCUAGAUUGUGAAUUGGUAGAUUGGAUUUCAGAUAAGAUAGAAACAUCAUUUUCUGAUAUCUUUAUAGUGGAUGAAGAAGACGUGGCCAAGCUUAAAGAAGACGAGUAUCAUUUGAAGGGAAUACCGAUAGAAACGUGGAUGGAAUGUGAAAUGGAUUGUGAUAAUGAAGAAAAACCGAAGGUCAACAUAUAUCCCAUGUUAUGCGAAACAUAUGUUCCUGCAAAUUUGCGUACGCAGCAUUCUAUAAAACGGGAUAACAUCAUAUGUUGUUGUUCUAUGUUGAAAUUGAUGCAAGCUAGUCUGAAAUUUAAGGAAGAUGGCAAUUUAUAUUCCAUCGGUGUUUUGUUGGCUGCAGGAAUACUCAUGUAUGAAAGUGUGGACGCAAAUGACAUGAAAUCUGGUGAUUAUUCAAGAGAGGCACGCGAAACGGUCUGCAAUGCAUUAUUUUAUUCAAUCAAUUGGUGCCGUGAAACCGUCAGCGACUUUUGGGGUCAAGAUAAAGAUAUCUGUAAAAAUGUUGUUAUAAGAUUGAGACACAUUAUUGAACUUGAGAAAAGGUUGAAUGCAAUGUUAGAAAUUACUCCUACUUUUCAACCAUAUGGAUUCUUUAUGCCUUCACCGUCAAAGAAUAUAAAGUUAAGAAAUACUACUACUUUACCAUCAGGAUCUGCGCAGAGGAAUCUCAUUAAGACAGGCAGGACAGUCCGAAGGUCGGGAAUCAGCAAAAGUAAGGUUCUUAGCACUCGCAGAGUUAUUGAGACAGAAAAGAAUGAAGAAAAUAAGGUUUCCGAAGAUUAUAAUUCUAUGACCCCCAAUUAUACGUCAGUUGAAGACUUAAGGCUAUUAAUGCGUGAAUUCGAUUUGUCAGUGUUUGGCAUGCUUGAAUAUUUCAAUUUUAAGAAGCCUUCGUGUGACAAGGAAGAUGAUCAUGUGAUGAACGCGGAUGACUCCUUCUAUUUGUUUCCCGAAGAGAUUGUUUAUCUUCUUAAUGACCUUAAUCGUAAGCUCGAAUUCAAGAUAUCUCCGCCCGUCACACCCUUAAUUGCUAAAAAGGUCAAAAAAGGAGCAUUUGGAAACAAACACGACGGAUUCACCUUAAUUUCUCGUAUGAAAUCCUCGGAUGUCGUAAUGCAGGUUGCUACAGAAUUUAUUCCACAUCUGUUGAAUCAAUUGAAUUCUAUCUGUGAGGAAUUAAGUACCGAUAAUGAUGAAGUAAUGGAAGAAGCUGAAUACGAGACUUCACUUCGAUGCUUGGAGCUAAUACUUGUGAUUAUUCAUCGACUGAUAAAUUGGUCCGAACUAAAAUCACCUGAUCAUAAGGAAAUUCUGAUUGUUGUCAUGAAACAACUGGGCUCGUCGGUUCAACAGCCUCCAAAUUCCAUAACUACGCCAGGCAAUCUCGACGUUCUACAGCAAUAUACCAACGAUGCAUUCAAAUACUUUCAAGAUUUCGCGUCUCGUCUUCCAACAGCCAGUCUGGCUAUAUUGUUCCACAAAAUCCUUAUCAAAAUUACCGAGCUUUCUCCGGAUCCAAGUAAACUUGCUGUGAUGUCCGGAGAAAUUGCACGGGGAUUUGCAUCUCGCCAAUGGAGUGAUGUCAAAAAAUUGAAUUCAGACUCCGUGAUUUACCUUGUGCAAAAAGAUAUUAGACACUCCCCAAAUCCAAUGGAGAGAAUCACAUCCUAUGUAACUGACAUUAUUUCUCCAGACGAGAACCAAACUGUCGAUCUUAAUGAAUCGUAUCCUUUAUUCAAUAACGAGACUCUACCGUAUUUUUACAAAGCCUUGUUUAUGGAACUUGUUGAAAUUUUACGAUAUUUCCAUCCUGGGAAUUUCGAAAGUAAUGCGGACAUAAUGUCACACAUAACUAAAACGGUUGUCUGUUUUCAGAAUUUUGUGCUAUUCAUCAAGAUUAAGCAUAAGCGAGCCAUUCUAUCCGUAGCCUUAAAAUACGGACGUAAUUUUAUUGACCUGUUCCUUAAAAAAAUGCUACCACUAAUGGAUAAAAAUUUCUCCACUUACCGUGAAGAAAUUAUUUCUAUCAUUGGAACCUUUCAAAAAUCGACACGGCGUCUCCAGGCGUUAUGUAAUCACGUGAAAGGUCACAAAGAGUCACAACUCGCAGCGAUGGUACCUCUUGUUAAGAGGUCAUUAGAAAUUGUUAUAUUUCAAGUUAAGGCCAUGAUUCAAAAUAAUGGAUGCCCGCCAGAAAUGUUCUUCUUAGGUGAACUUAAACAUCGUGAUAUUGAAGGACAAGAAAUCACUUCAUAUCAAAACGAGGAGGUUAAUUCUGGGGAAACAGCAGACGCUAAUGAGACGGAAGACGACGAGAAUGACGAUACGCCUGCUGCGCAUCAUAAUAAUUUAAGCACAGAAAAAGAAUUUGAUACUGAAGAAAAUGAGGAAGGUGACGUUCCUGUAAAACCGUCCGUCUCACUUAGUAAAAAAUCAAGCACGAGAAAAAGGAAGUCCAAGACCCCAGAUGAAUCCGAAGAUGGCGAAGGCGACGACGAUGCAAUUCCCGUUAAAGCAUCCAUUAGAAGCCGCAAAAAAUCAUGCCCAAAGAAAGCGUAA